AUGGGCAAAUCAGUAAUUUCCAAAUCCGGUCUCGCCACGGCCCGCGUCAACGGCACUGUCAUCGCGGAAGCAAACUCGUGGUGGGAGACCGAGGGAAACAUUUACUUCCCGCCCGAGAGCAUCAAGGGCGAGUAUUUCACGGGGACGAGCCAGCAUAGCUAUUGUCCGUGGAAGGGGGAUGCGAGCUACUAUACCAUUAACGCUGGUGAUAAUGCGGCGUGGUAUUACCCGCAGCCGUUGGAGGGAGCUGUGGAUCUGAGAGAUCAUGUUGCGUUUUACAAGAACAAGGUUGAGAUUUCUGCCAACUAA